AUGUUGCCACUCUUCCACGAACUAGAGAAAUCUCUACCUUCUUGGAUUAUAUUCUCGCUCGCCAAGCGGCCUUAUCGGAACGCGUCAUUUGUCCUUUUACUCGUGUUGGCAUCGAUCUUUUGGGUGUAUCAUGCCAUCGCAGCAGAGAGUUUCAUCACUCUGUUGAACAGCGGGUUGAGCAGUCAGGUAUUUGGACCCGGAGGAGGACGGCAUAAUGGAUCCGCUGCUGGUUUACACAAACAUGUCGGUAUACCUAUGAAGAUCUGGCAAAUCAUGCUACCCAAGCCGCGCGAUGAUGGUCCGCCUCAUCCACCCGACCCGGCACAACUUCAAGAUACUCCAUCCUGGUUGAUCUUGAACCCCGAUUACAAGUACACGCUUGUGGGCGAAAGAGGGGGGAUAGAAUUUGUUGACAACAACUUCGCCGACCAACCAGCCAUCAUCGACACAUAUAAGCGUCUCCAGAACAUGGGGAUGAAGUCGGACCUCCUACGCUACCUCCUCUUAUACAUCGAGGGAGGUGUUUACACAGAUACCGAUACAGUCGCCAUCAAAGGCGUCGACGAAUGGGUCCCCGGCUUCAUCAAGAGCGAGGUAAACUUGGUAGUUGGAAUCGAAUUCGACAGGCGGGACGGCGCAGCUUGGGCCGAAAUUCCUCACUGGCUUCAGUUCUGCCAGUGGACGAUUGCAGCGAAACCCAAACACCCUGUGUUCCAAAUGAUGGUCCAGCGUGCCUUAUACUCCAUCGAUUUGCUCUCGACGGAAGUGUACGACUCGCCUCUUGACAGUAUCUCACCCACUAGCUUUGAGGUGAUGAACUCCACGGGCCCGGCGGCUUGGACGGACGUUGUCUUCGAGUAUCUGCAGCAGCUCGACCCCUCGUUGGAGGACACCAAGGAUCUAUCAUUCAUGACGGGGCCAAGAUUGAUCGGGGAUGUCUUGGUUCUCAAUAUUGAUGGGUUCGGGAUGGGGCAACAGCAUUCAAAAAGUACGAAUGACGGGACUAUUCCUUCACAGGCACUUGUGAAACAUCUCUUCCGGGGCUCUUGGAGAACGAGUUAA